AUGUCCGAGCCAGCCGGCGCAAACGCUCCGAAACCGAGCAGCAGCGUGAAGCUAGUUUUGCUGGGUGAGGCUGCCGUCGGCAAGGUACAGUUGUCCUUCCCAUCUGCCUUCCUGACACAGAAAUGCUCUCUUCCAACACGCACAAUCAAGUUCGAGAUCUGGGAUACUGCGGGCCAAGAAAGAUUCGCUUCCCUCGCUCCGAUGUACUACCGCAAUGCACAAGCUGCGCUCGUUGUCUACGAUGUCACCAAGCCCUCGUCCCUGACGAAAGCGAAGCACUGGGUUGCUGAGCUCCAGCGCCAAGCAAGCCCCGGAAUCGUCAUCGCUCUUGUCGGUAACAAGCUGGACUUGACCAACGACGGCGGCGAUGCUUCUGCUUCGGCGGCCACUGAAUCCGAGAGCGAGCCUGUUAGAGAUGCCGGAGAGGAGGGUGCGGCCGAGGAAAGCGAACAGCAGGACACGAACUCUGGCGAUGCUCGAAAAGUGUCGACCCGUGAAGCAAGCUCAUAUGCUGAUGAGGAGGGUCUCUUGUUCUUUGAGACCAGUGCUAAGACCGGAACUAACGUGGUGGACGUUUUCACUGCCAUCGCUAAUGCCAUUCCCGAGAGCAGCCUGAAAACCGGCCGUGGCGGUGCUGGCACGGGCCAGACUGCGCUGGGAGGCCGGUCGGCAGAGGACUCUCGAGUAAACCUAGGCGACCGAAGUGCGGCGACAGCAAAGGAAGGCUGCGCUUGUUGA